GCUACCGGAGCCCCCACGUUCACCGGGACAUCCGGGAUGCAUCAGACCGUCGGAUAGUCGAUCCUAAUGAUCAGACGGCCUGGAAUCUCCGACAGUGGCGGUUACACCGUGAGACACUGUAGCAUAUCCCCUUCACUCCCGGCAGUUAAAAACCCCGCGGUUCCUCGUUCCCUCUUCAAACAAUCAUCAAAUGCCCAGACAAAGAACAGAGCAAAGAGCAGAACCAUUUCCUGCUGGCAAUUUUCACCAUAUAUUUUUCUUCUUCUGUUGGAAGCCAAGGAUAAUUCGGCUUCAUCAUGCCCAGCAACCCUCUCCGAGAGUCUCAGCAAAUUCGGCUGCUCGACAAGCUCGGAGUGUUCGAGAUCCGGGGCAGAGAUAAAUGCGGCCGCAAGGUCCUCUGCGUCAUCGGAAAACUAUUCCCCGCUCGGUUUGUGAGCGUUGAAGGGUUGAAGAUGUACUUGGAGGAGAGGAUAUACCCGAAGUUGGAGGGGAGGCCUUUCUCCGUGGUGUACGUGCACACCGGCGUGCAGAGGACUGAGAAUUGUCCCGGGAUCUCCAUCAUCAGAUCGAUCUAUGAGGCGAUUCCGAUUGAUGUCAAGCAGAACCUUGAGGUGGUCUACUUCGUGCACCCUGGCAUCCAGGCUCGGCUCUUCCUCGCGACCUUUGGCCGUCUCCUCUUCAGUGGAGGGCUGUAUUCGAAGCUGAAGUAUGUGAACAGGUUAGAGUUCUUGUGGGAGCACGUGCGGAGGAGGGAGAUGGGGGAGAUGCCUGACUUCGUGAACGAGCACGAUGAGGAGCUCGAGCGUUGCAACACGACGAUAGACUAUGGGUUGGAGAGCGAUCACCCGAGGAUCCACUUUGGCACGGCCUCGAUGGACUCCAUGGUCCCCAGCUAUUCCAUGAGGUGCAUUGCUUAGGAACGUAUUGGUGUCAUGUCACAGAACCUUUCUAUGCUUUAGAAUGAAGUAAAGCGAGAGUUGCUUUACUCUUCCACAAAUAGGUUGGGAUUCUCUUCACAUCUGGAUAAAGGUUGUCCUUAGACCAGCUUAUUUUCCCCCUUUUCUGUCUUGGGCAUGCUUAUCCUUGUUGAUGGGUUAAAAGCAAAAGCAAAAGAAGGUUGUGUUUUGUUUAUUGACAUCGUGGUCCAUGAGUCUUUGAAUACGAGCUAUAUCACAAUUUACAAGUA